UUGAAGCCGCGUGGUGUAUGUAAGCUAAACGACUUUAACGUGUGUGCAUUUGUUUUCAUAUUCCUCAAGGAAGCAUAAGCGGAGAGGUGCCUAAUUACAAACGUGCAUUCAUUUAAACUUUUAAAUUCACUUAUUUCCACCAAGAAAAUAACCGAAAAAAUUAAAAUGGCCGAUGAAGAAGUUAACAAGAAAGCCUACCCAUUGGCAGACCCAGUAUUGACUACAAAAAUCAUGAAUUUGCUUCAACAAGCAAUCAGCUACAAUCAAUUGAAGAAAGGAGCCAACGAAGCAACAAAGACUUUGAAUCGUGGUUUAGCCGAAUUCAUUGUGAUGGCCGCUGAUACCAAACCAAUUGAAAUUUUGUUGCAUUUGCCAUUGUUGUGCGAAGAUAAGAAUGUGCCAUACGUCUUUGUUCGUUCAAAGCAAGCUUUGGGUCGUGCUUGCGGAGUCUCGCGUCCAAUUAUGGCCUGUUCGGUUACCAUCAAUGAAGGUUCACAAUUGAAAUCGCAAAUCACUUCAAUUCAACAGGAAAUUGAACGUUUACUAGUUUAAGUGAAAUCAAACUAUUUUUUACACAUUUUUUUUUUUUGAUUUUUUUCAAAAAUGACUAUACAAAUUAAGCACAGAAAUAAAUUCCAAAAAGAAAUCAUCAAAAAACA